GAGAAUUGGGUAGUGCCCUGGUUUUUAAUCAGAUUUUUAAUGGAUCCGUGUGCCUUAAACAUUUUACCUCUUUAAUUGGCAGGUAACAUUUGUCAUCUUCCUUUUUCCAAGCUUUUCAGAAGGUGGCACCUGAGAUUUCACUGCAGAGCCAUUAAACCCUUGAAAAAAAUGACAGAAAGUGGUGGGCAGGAACAGUCAAGAUGGAUAACAACAGUUAUUAUGAGCACAGCUCUGCAGAAUCAUGAAAUUUCUACAAUUCUACAGAGGCAACAACACCGAGUUCGAUAUUCAGAAUCAGUGGAAAUGGGAUCCGUGAUUUUUUCUGUUUCUGGUGUUGCAUUUAUACUGUCAGACACUCAAGAAUUGCUUAUGACAGGGGAAGAACAGUUUUCCAAAAGAAUUCAGAAGUUCAUAAACAUUCAUCGGAACAGUUUUUUGGUUUUGUCAGCUGCUCUUCAUGGACCAGAAGAAUGGAAUGUCAUGUUUAGGAUUCAAAGAAGAUUCCUGGGCAGUAAUUUACGUGUAAUACCAGUUCAUAAUACUGCUGAAACUGUUAAGUUAAUGCUAACUAUAGCUAAGGUAACUUCUAAGCCACAAGCAGAUGAUACUCGUUACAAAAUAGCAAUGGCAAAAUCCCAAAUAAUAGAAAACAGUCCAGUUUGGAAGAUGCUUCAGGACUACCAGUUGCAUUGUAAUUAA